AUGCCGCCAUCAAAGAAGAACGCGCCCUCAGCGUCCAUCUCCAGAAACGCAAAGGCAAAAGCAAAAACUGCCAGCCCGUACAACAAGAAUGCCAAGGGAGGAUCAGGACCAACGGCAACCAACAACAACAAAAAGGCACACCUUAACAAACCAACCCAGGCCAGGAAUAAGCACUUGAACACGAACCUCACAUCCGAGCUAGACUCUCUCCUAGGAGACCUUAACAGUACACUGCAGCGGAAAAAGACAAAGCGGGAUGCUCGUCUUGAGACCGGUGGCUCUGGUGCGAUGUCUGAGGCGGAGAUCAAGCUGAAUGAGGCACAGAAGAAGCAUGAAUCGUUGCAGAAUGAUAUGAUAAGUGCGCUGGAUGGCAUUUCGACUCUCUGA